CUCCCGCUCCCGCCGCCGCGGGGUCGGGGCGGACCAUGCGCCCGAGCAGCCCGCCGGCCCGCUGGCUGUGCGUGCUGGCCAGCGCCCUCGCCUGCGCCCUGGGCCCCGCGGGCGGCCAGGCGACCAACCUGCAGUGGGAGGAGGAAUGUUACCAUCUGCGGAUGAUUGAGGAGCAGCACAAGAAGUGCCUGGAGGAGGCACAGCUGGAGAAUAACACAGCAGGCUGUAGCAAGAUGUGGGACAACCUCACCUGCUGGCCAGCCACCCCUCCAGGCCAGGUGGUCGUCUUGGCCUGCCCCCUUAUCUUUAACUUCUUUUCACCAAUUCGAGGCCGCAACGUGAGCCGGAGCUGCACCAACGAGGGCUGGACGCACUUGGAGCCUGGCCCCUACCCCUUUGCCUGUGGCCUGGAUGACAAGACAUCAGAUGUGGACCAGCAGCAGCAGUCAAUGUUCUACAGCUCUGUGAAGACCGGCUACACCAUCGGCUACAGCCUGUCCCUCGCCACCCUUCUGGUUGCCACGUCCAUCUUGAGCCUGUUCAGGAAGCUCCACUGCACGCGGAAUUACAUCCACAUGCACCUCUUCAUAUCCUUCAUCCUGAGGGCCGCCUCUGUCUUCAUCAAAGACUUGACCCUCUUCAACAGCGAGGAGCUGGACUAUUGCACGAAGGGCUCGGUGAGCUGUAAGGCAGCCAUGGUCUUUUUCCAGUACUGUGUGAUGGCCAACUUCUUCUGGCUGCUGGUGGAGGGCCUCUACCUGCACACACUGCUUGCCGUCUCCUUCUUCUCUGAGCGGAAGUACUUCUGGGGGUACAUACUCAUCGGCUGGGGGGUGCCCAGCACAUUCACCAUGGUGUGGACCAUCAUCAUGAUCCGUUUUGAAGAUUAUGGAUGCUGGGACACCAUCAACUCCUCAUUGUGGUGGAUCAUAAAGGCCCCCAUCCUCACCUCCAUCUUGGUGAACUUUAUCCUAUUUAUUCGCAUCAUCCGAAUCCUAGUUCAGAAACUUCGGUCUCCAAAUGUUGGGAAGAGUGACAGCAGCCCAUACUCGAGGCUGGCCAAGUCCACCCUUCUGCUGAUCCCCCUGUUUGGAGUACACUACAUCAUGUUCGCCUUCUUUCCCAGCAACUUUAAAGCUGAGGUGAAAAUGGUCUUUGAGCUCAUCGUGGGGUCUUUCCAGGGUUUUGUGGUGGCCAUCCUCUACUGCUUCCUCAAUGGCGAGGUGCAGGCCGAGCUGCGGCGGAAGUGGCGGCGCUGGCACCUGCAGGGCAUCCUGGGCUCCGACGCCAAGUACCAGCACCCCUCGGGAGGCAGCAACGGGGCCACGUGCAGCACGCAGGUGUCCAUGCUGACCCGCGUCAGCCCCGGCGCGCGCCGCUCCUCCAGCUUCCAGGCCGAGGUCUCCCUGGUCUGACCGCCAGGCGCCCCGCGGCCCAGCGCGGCCCCGCCCGCGCACCACCCACCACCCCGGCGCCCCGGG